AUGUCAGAGCAACAGCUAGGAGUUGAGAGAGAUGUAUCAGCUUGGAAGGAUCUGUUUGUACCCAAGCCAGUUCUCCGAGCGCUCAGCUUUCUAGGCUUCUCUGCCCCCACACCAGUCCAAGCUCUGACCUUGGCACCUGCCAUUCGUGACAAACUGGACAUCCUUGGGGCUGCUGAGACAGGAAGUGGGAAAACUCUUGCCUUUGCCAUUCCGAUGAUUCAUGCAGUGCUGCAGUGGCAGGCGAAGAAGAAGCCUAUCCCAGCUCUAAGUAACACAGGAGCACCACUUGGGGAGACCAGUAAUAAGGCUGGAGUUGAGACAGGAUCACCAGGCAGGGCUGGAACUGAGUCUGGAGCUUUGCCUGUUGAGAUUGGAAUUGAGGGUGAAGCACUGCCCAGUGAGGCUGGCGCGAAGGCUAGAGCACCACCCAGCCAGGCAAGAGCCAAGAUUGGAGCUACGGUCUCAAACCAGGUGCUGCCCUCCUGUGAUGAUGAUGAUGACGAUGCCGGUGAAGGACCUUCUUCCCUGAUCAGGGAGACGCCCUUUCCCAAACAGGAUGAACACAAGGAGGAGAAGCUUGAUGAAGAGCAGACUAGAAAGUUAAAACAAGAAUUGGGUGGCACAAUUGCACAUCCGAGGCGUCCUCUGCUUGGACUCGUUCUGACGCCCACUCGAGAGCUAGCCGUUCAGGUCAAACAACACAUUGAUGCUGUGGCCAAGUUUACAAGCAUUAAAACUGCUAUUUUGGUUGGUGGAAUGUCCACACAGAAACAGCAGAGGAUGCUGAACCGUCAGCCUGAGAUUGUGAUUGCCACUCCAGGCCGGCUGUGGGAGCUAGUUAAAGACAAGCACCCUCAUUUGAGCAACCUUCGGCAGCUCAGGUGCCUGGUGGUCGAUGAGGCUGACCGCAUGGUUGAGAAAGGCCACUUUGCUGAACUCUCACAGCUGCUGGAGGUGCUCAGUGAUGCCCAGUACAACCCAAAGAGACAGACACUUGUUUUUUCGGCCACGCUGACCCUGGUACAUCAAGCUCCUGCUCGAAUCCUUCACAAGAAGCACGCUAAGAAAAUCGACAAGACUGCCAAACUUGACCUCCUCAUGCAGAAGAUUGGCAUGAGGGGCAAGCCCAAGGUCAUCGACCUUACAAGAAAGGAGGCCACAGUAGAGACACUGACAGAGACCAAGAUCCACUGUGAGACUGAUGAGAAAGACUUAUAUCUGUACUACUUCCUGAUGCAGUAUCCAGGCCGCACCUUAGUGUUUGCCAACAGUAUCUCCUGCAUCAGACGCCUCUCUGGGCUCCUCAAAGCCCUGGAUGUCAUGCCGCUGACCCUGCAUGCCUGCAUGCACCAGAAGCAGAGGCUCAGAAACCUGGAGCAGUUUGCCCAUCUGCAGGAUUGUGUUCUCCUGGCGACAGAUGUGGCAGCUCGGGGCCUGGAUAUUCCUAAAGUCCAGCAUGUCAUCCAUUACCAGGUCCCUCGUACCUCGGAGAUUUAUGUCCACCGAAGCGGUCGAACUGCUCGUGCCACCAGUGAAGGCCUCAGCCUGAUGCUGGUUGGGCCUGAGGAUGUGAUCAACUUUAAGAAGAUCUACAAAACCCUUAAGAAAGAUGAGGACAUCCCGCUCUUCCCUGUGCAGACAAAGUACAUGGAUGCAGUCAAGGAGCGAAUCCGUUUAGCUCGACAGAUUGAAAAAGCUGAGUAUCGCAACUUCCAGGCUUGUCUGCACAACUCUUGGAUUGAGCAGGCAGCGGCUGCCCUUGAGAUUGAGCUGGAAGAAGAAAUGUAUAAGGGAGGAAAAGCUGACCAGCAAGAAGAGCGUCGGCGACAAAAGCAGAUGAAAGUCCUGAAGAAGGAGCUGCGCCAUUUACUGUCCCAACCGUUGUUUAAAGAUGACCUGAAAACCAAGUAUCCCACUCAGUCUGGCAAGAUGCCCGAGCUCGUGUCCCCCACAAGAAAUGGUGAGUCCGCGCUCAGCUGCCUCUUCAAACAGAAGAAGAAGAAGAAGCAGCCGCUGGAAGAGCAGCAGCAGGGACAGCCAGAGCCAAGCGUGAGUGCAAACUAACCGCCCCCAGGCCAGAGUCCGCUGGCGACCGCGCGUCGCAUCUGCGUUCUCUGGUUGUGCGGAAAACCUCCGCGCCUUUGACUCCACUCCGCUGUCAGCCCCGGUUACAAAAAUCUCCCUUCUUCCACACCACCUCCCAUAGCAGGAGAGACCUCAUGCAGAUCUGUGUUGUUUCACGGUAAGAAUUCUAUGUAGCAGCUUAUAUAUUUCUGCAUUCCAGGGUUUACAGGCUUCUUGUAUGGUUAACUGGAUUUCCUCAAUUAAAAACAAUGGUCAGAAGCAG